AUGCUAGAUAGAGAAGAAAUAUGCUGGCCCUCCACUUUUUGUGGCUAUUUUCUGGUAGCUAUUGCGCAAAUAGCACUUGUUCUUGUUGCGGCAGCGCACCAUGCAAAAGUCAGAGAAGCCAACACGUUCCUUUAUAGACGCUACACAGAGACGUCAGCAUGUACCGGCGUCAUUGCUGUCAUGCUGGUGGCAGUCCAGCUCUACGUUUCCCUUACCGUCACAUCAACCCAAGGGCCCCAGAUCAUCAUAUACUGGCUAGGCUGUGCCCAGCUAAUGGUUACUCUAUACUUCUUCUACCUUCCAUUGGAGUAUUCUAGCGAAGCCAGCAAGGACGAGUGGUUGUUGGUGGAUGACUAUUUCACGGAUGAAGAGGAGGCGAUCGUCUCUAUAAGAACAGACCCAGCUGCUUCGGCGGGAUCUCCGGGUUUUGAAGACUAUGGUACUAUGAUACCACAGCUUUCUGGUCCUGGAGGUGCUUCUCAUGUAUCUGUUUAUCAAGUCCCGGCUGAAACUGGCCGGAGGAUGUAG